AUGAAUAAAGGUUUGAAUCGACCUCUCAAGAAUCGAAAAAUCAUUGAAGCCUGGAAUAACGCCGAUGAUGAAGUUCGUUUAGAAUACGAGAAUCUGUACUUGCAACAUAAAAUGUUUCAAUUAAGCACCUUUAAAAUCAUCUGGAGUCCCUUCCCCUACUGGUUCAUAAAUUGCGUCAUCGUAACCAUCGACUUCAAUCAAGAAAUGGAAUUAACACCAGAAUGCGUUUGGAACUUUGGAUUAACGCUUCACCGGUUUACAAUCGUGGUAAAAAAACAAACAAGCAAUCCAAAAUUGAUUUAA